AGACAAGGUGUGGAGCUCUGAAAUGUCUGUUUUUACAAGGUUAGGUUCGGCAAAGCCUAUUGUCUUCCACAGAGAAGGUAUCCAAGGUAUCUACCCAGAGAAAUUGUGAAGAAUGGCUCUACCUACCCCCAAGUAUCUGGCUGAAAGCCUCGUUUCUUUUCUGUUAGUAGUGUCUUCUGUAAGCACAGCAGAAGCAGCUGUGGCAUGUCCUGACAAGGAUCCUGAGCUAGAAGUCUGGAACCCAGGUCACAACCAAGAAAACCACAUCGAAAUCCGCAAUGGCAGGAAGCUACUCCUCUCAUCUUCAGCAACUGUCCACUCAAUCCACAUCAGGGAUGGAGGAAAACUGGUCAUUAAAGAUGAUGUACAGGCUAUCAUUUUGCGUACGAGAUACAUACUCAUUGAAAAUGAUGGAGAGUUACGGAUUGGCAGUGAGAUGUGCCCUUACCAAGGCAAUGUGGUUAUCAUCUUAUAUGGGAGAGCGGAUGACGGCAGCGAGCCCAAUCCCUACUUUGGGCGGAAGUAUAUUGGAGUGAGUGAGGGUGGCACUCUUGAGAUCCAUGGUAAGAAAAAGCUGUCCUGGACUUUCUUAAACAAGACUCUUCAUCCUGGUGGCAUGGAAGAAGGCGGAUAUUACUUUGAAAGGAGCUGGGGCCAUCGGGGUGUCAUUGUCCAUGUGAUUGACCCAAAGAUGGGGGCCGUUGUCCAUUCAGACCGGUUUGAUACCUACCGAGCAAAAGAGGAAAGCAAACGUCUUGCCCAGUAUUUGGACAGAGUUGCGAACGGCAUGAUCCUGUCAGUAGCAGUGAACGAUGAGGGGUCUAGAAACUUAGACGACUCAGCCAGGAAAGCAAUGACCAAACUGGGCAGCAAGCAUUUCCUCCACCUUGGGUUUAGGCAUCCAUGGAGUUUUAUCACUGUUAAAGGAAAUCCCUCCUCUUCUGUUGAAGACCACAUUGAAUAUCAAGGUCACAAAGGGUCAGCUGUGGCCAAAGUAUUCAAACUAUUCAAGGCUGAGAAUGGAGAAUUCUUUAACGUCUCUUCGACUAGUGAGUGGGUUCAAGAUGUAGAAUGGACAGAGUGGUUUGAGAAGCCCGAGAAAGCAAGAUCUAAAGACAUGGAGAAGCUUUCUGACUUCAAAGCUGCUCACCCUGAUAAAAUCUGUAGGCAGCCCAUUGACAUCCAGGCAGAGACCCUCGAUGGAACUAUUUUAACCACUGAGGUUUUCUACAAGAAUGGCCACGACUAUCGAUUUCUUUGCCAUGGCAAGGACCAGACAGGUGAAGGUUGCCAGAACUACAGAGUGCGGUUCCUGUGUGGCAGCUCUGUGAAACCAAAGCUUACGGUAACCAUUGACACCAAUGUGAACAGCACGGUGCUGAAUCUGGUGGACGAUGUGAGCUCAUGGGAGCCUGGAGACAGGAUUGUGGUUGCAAGCACUGACUACUCCAUGUACCAGGCGGAGGAGUUCCAAGUACUGCCAUGCCCAUCUUGCAGACCCACCCAGGUCAAGGUUGCAGGGAAAGCAGCGUACCUCCACGUUGGCGAAGUCAUUGAUGGCGUCGACAUGCGGGCAGAAGUGGGACUGCUGAGCAGGAACGUUGUGAUCAUGGGCGAGAUGGAGGGGCAGUGCUAUGAGUACAGCAGCAAGUUGUGCUCCUUCUUUGAUUUCGAUACCUUUGGGGGACACAUCAAGAUCGCUCUUGAUUUUAAGGCUACCCAUCUUGAAGGUCUAGAACUGAAAUAUAUGGGCCAGCAGACAAUGGGACAUUACCCAAUUCACUUCCACAUGGCUGGAGAUGUGGACGAGAAAGGAGGCUACAACCCUCCAACAUAUGUGAAGGAUGUCUCCAUCCACCAUACCUUCUCCCGCUGUGUCACAAUCCACGGAUCCAAUGGUUUGCUGGUGAAGGAUGUUGUGGGUUAUGAUGCACUGGGCCAUUGUUUCUUUACGGAGGACGGACCAGAAGAGCGCAACACAUUUGAUCACUGCCUUGGACUGCUUGUUAAACCCAGCACUCUGCUCCCUUCUGACCGAGACAGCAGGAUGUGCAAACUGAUCACAGAGGGUGCUUACCCAGGAUACAUCCCUAAACCCAGGCAAGACUGUAGCGCUGUAUCCACCUUUUGGAUAGCCAACCCACACAACAACCUUAUAAACUGUGCAGCUGCGGGGUCUGAAGAAACAGGCUUUUGGUUUGUUCUGCACCACGUGCCAACGGGGCCCUCGGCGGGCAUGUAUUCCCCCGGCUACUCGGAGCACAUGCCGAUGGGGAGAUUUUCCAACAACCGCGCACAUUCCAACUACCGAGCUGGAAUGAUCAUCGAUAACGGUGUUAAAACCACUCCUGCUUCAGCCAAGGACAAAAGGCCCAUUCUGACACUGAUUUCUGGGAGAUACAGCCCACACAAAGACGCUGAUCCUUUGAAGCCCAGGGAACCUGCAAUAAUUGAGCGCUUUAUUGCCUACAAGAACCAGGAUCACGGGGCCUGGCUGCGGGGCGGAGAUGUGUGGCUGGACAACUGCCAAUUUGCAGACAACGGCAUUGGGCUGACCCUGGCAAGCGGUGGGACCUUCCCUCACGAUGAUGGGUCAAAGCAAGAAAUCAAGAACAGCUUGUUUGUUGGUGAGAGUGGAAACCUGGGCACUGAGACAAUGGACAAUGAGAUCUGGGGACCUGGAGGCCUGGAUCACAGAGGCAGGACCCUGCCCAUCGGCCCGAAUUUUCCCAUUCGAGGAAUUCAGUUCUACGAUGGCCCAAUCAAUGUCCAGAACUGCACCUUCCGCAAAUUUGCUGCCCUGGACGGUCGGCACACGAGUGCCUUGGCCUUCAGGCUCAACAAUGCCUGGCAGAGCUGCCCAAACAACAACGUCACUGACAUUCAUUUUGAAGAGGUCCCUAUUACCUCAAGGGUCUUCUUUGGAGAACCUGGACCCUGGUUCAAUGAUCUGGAUAUGGAUGGUGAUAAAACAUCUGUUUUUCAUGAUGUAGAUGGUUCUGUGUCUGAAUAUCCAGGCUCUUACCUGAUAAAAGAAGAUAACUGGUUAAUCAAACACCCAGACUGCAUUGAUGUGCCUGACUGGAGGGGUUCUAUCUGCAGUGGACACUACGCACAGAUAUACAUCCAAGCCUACAAGCCAGCCAAUCUCAAAAUGAAAAUAAUAAAAAAUGACUACCACAAUCACCCACUCUACUUGGAAGGGGCUUUGAGCAAAAGCACUCAUUACCAGCAAUAUCAGCCAGUUAUAACUCUGAGGAAAGGCUACACCAUUCACUGGGACAAGACAGCCCCUGAAGAGCUGACCAUAUGGCUCAUCAACUUCAACAAGAACGACUGGAUCCAAGUAGGGUUUUGUUAUCCUAAAGGGACGACAUUUUCCAUUCUCUCAGACAUCCACAAUCGUCUCUUGAAGAAAACAAUCAAAACUGGAACCUUCUAUAGAGUAUCUCAAAUGGAGAAACUGGAGUACAGAUAUCCUAGCAAAGGCUACUACUACUGGGAUGAGGACACUGGGCUGCUGUUUCUGAAACUUAAAGCUCAAAAUGAGAAGGAGAAAUUUGCUUUCUGCUCUGUCAAAGGCUGUGAACGAGUAAGGAUCAAAGCUAUGAUUCCGAAGACUGCUGGUGUCAGUGACUGUCAAGCCAUGGCUUAUCCCAAGUACAUUGAGACGCCUGUAGUAGAAGUGCCAAUGCCUAAGAAGCUAUCUACUGUACAGCUGAAAACAAAGGACCACCUACUAGAAGUGAAAAUAGAAACUUAUAAGAAACAGUACUUCCACCUGAAGGAUGACUAUGCAUACAUCGAGGUUGAUGGUGUAAGGUAUUUCCUCACCGAAGAGGGUAUUCAGCUGAUAGUGAUUGAUGGACAUCAUGGGAAAGUAGUUGAUCGAGUAACAUUCAAAAACUCAAUUCUACAAGGAAUCCCAGCGCAGAUAGAAAACUAUGUCAACAACAUCAGAAAUCACUCUAUAGUGCUGGUGACAUCUAAAGGAAGAUUCAUUUCAAGAGGACCAUGGACUAAAGUACUGGAGAAACUUGGAGCUGAAAAAGAUUUUAGUUUAAAAGAAAAAAUGGCUUUUGUUGGAUUCAAAGGCAGCUUCCGUCCUGUCUGGGUGAAGCUGGUCACUAACGAGGACUCAGCUAAAAUCUACCAAGCACUGCCAAUUCCUGUGGUGAAGAAAAUGAAGUUAUGAGGACGCAAAGCUUUGCCUUCUGGCUGCCAGCACUGCCCCACUGGGAUGGACUACUGACUGUUCAUGACAGGCACAUUACAGUGUGCUCCAGAAGUGUAGCGUUUUGUUGUUGUUGUUGUUCGAAAAAGAAAUCUUACUGUAAGUAGCUAAAGUGGCCGCAUGUGAUGGAAACGCAUUCCUCUGUGAUCAGCGCGUGUUCUGUGAUCGUCGGCACUUCGCCAGUUGACUUCCAUUGAUGUUGACGCUCAUGUCACUAAGCAAGGUUUGACCUGAUCUGCAAGCUGCUGGUUUUAGCAGCACGCCUAUGGUGUGUUGUCUCUGGAAAGGUGAGCUCUAGGGCUAAAGGCCACUGAGGAUUGUUGUUUGUACCAACCUCUAACUUGUCCAAACAGUUUUCUUUCCCCCUGGAGUAACCAGCCAACUCAAAGCCUGGUUGAAAAUCUAAGGUAGAAAGUGUGGAUUUGAAUGACUACUUAAAUGCUAGGAAAUAUAACUGGACAGCAAGACUUUACCUUAAAUUUUCUCUGACAACUUAUCAAGCUCUUUGGGAUCUGUGUUUUAUGUAUGUGGCACAUAGUUGGGGAAGAGAGGGGAGAGGAGCAAAGCAAGUAUGCAAGAAGAGACUGAUGCAACCACAUCCUUCUGCUUGUUCAGAAAACUGUGGUUCUCCUGUAGCUUCAGUUCUUUUAAUAGAGGUUUCUCAAAUGGUAGGUUUUCCUUCAAUCAGCAGCCAUAGUCUAGAAGGAAAGACCUGUCAGCACCAACACUUCCAGCCCUUUCCCUUCAGUCCGACCAUAUAGAUAUUCAGGACCAAUCUAGAAGGUGUAUUGUAGACAGCCAAAAAGGGCAUCCUGUUCAAGAUUUCCAGUUCUCAGCUGGGAAUACUGAGACUUGUGUUUCUCAGCUACAAAUGCGUUGAGCAGCACUUACCUUUCCAGAUUGGGUCAGUCUCUUGGGCGUUGCUCUCCAGCCAAGUCCUUGGCCUUUGGGCCAUGAGUAUCUUAACCUUCUGGAAGAGUUAUGUGAAAUCUGAGUGGAAGGUGGCAGAGGUAGAAACUUUUGAGGUCUUACCAGAUAGCUGAAGAAUUAGACUGGAUAUCCCAUAUGCUAGUUGGAUGUUGUGUACCUGCUUCCCCCUUCCUUCAAAGCAUUAGGCUGGCAAUGAAGGCAGAACAGUGAGAGUCAGGACUCCUGCACAGACAUCUCCUGAAGGUGGAAAAUUAAGCAUUGUCUUGUAAAAUAUUUUAAGCACUUCUGAUGUUCAGUGAUGUUUCUGUUUGUUGCUCAGAAAUGCCAUGAAAGCGUAUGCAGAGGCAGUGGUUGUUAUAAGGAGGUUUAAGACAGAAGUUUUAAAAGUAAAUAUGAAAGUCAAUUUUCCCAGUAUCUGGGUUUGUUUCCCCUCUUUGUCUCUCUCUGCCCACAUUGCUACAGAAAUUAUUCUGACUGCUGAUAAUUACUUCAUUCUGCUCUGUUUUAAUUAGAACUCCAGUAACUAAAUUGCUCCCCCCCCCUCCCACCCUACACACACACUAUCCAAAAUACUGUCUUUUAGCUAGAAUGAAAGAGCAAUGAUGCUGCAGGUCAUCCCACAACAGGACUGAUGCUGAACUCUGUCAGCACUGUCCCUUCUUUUUAGAUCAGUAUCUCUGAAAGGAAAAGCAAUUGUGUGAAAAAGUCAGAUAGCACUGUAGGCUAUAUUUCCUUCCAGCCUCUCCUGGGUUUUGAAACUGGAAAUGUUCUUUUCAAUCUUAUACCCAAGCUUUCCCUUUUCCCUUGCUUCUCAAAAGGAGCCUGUUAGUGAAGGAGCAGCACAGUUGUUUUUGGGUUUUAGGCAUUUGCACUGUUUCUGGAAUGGAUGGACAAGUUAGUUAGGAGAUGGUGGUGUUUGUUUGUUUGUUUUUUCCCCGGUGUCUUACAACGGUUUGGGGAAUUUCACCCUCAAAGCAAACUCUUUCUUGAAAAGGUCCCUUUUUAGUUCAGCCAUGGUGAGCCAAACUUCACUUACCUGACAUUCUCUGAUAGCUGAAACAGAGUCAGAUCCCUGAAAUCGAGAAAUACACUGAAAAAAAAGUCCCUGAGAGUGUCAGGCUGGUUUAUGUACACAUCUUCUUUCCUAUAAUUGCACCUGUAGCAGUGGAGUACACGCGCUUCCACGAGAUGGACCAAAGUGCGAGCAUUUCUUUCAUGAGCACUUGACAUGGGCAGGAAAGCGAGGUUCAGAAUGUACCUGGUUUGGGAUCUGGUUUUCCACACCCCACUCUGUGAAGCACUGCUUCCCUGGUUGUUGGAGGCUCCCUCUAUCUGUACAUGUGCAGAUGCCCAAAGGACCAUGCCCUGGCUUCCUCAGCUACUGCAAGAGUGCUGCAUUUGUGCUAGAGUUGUAGCUUCUGAUUUUACAAUUUUUGGAAUUCUCAGGGUGAAAUCACAAGACUUGGCUCUAGGAAAACUUCUUCCUAAGAAAAUCUUGUCUUAUUAAGAGAAGAACACUUGUAAGUAGCUCAUUCUGUCAUGCAAAGCUUGUCACAUGGGGCCUGUUUGGAACCAGGGCUGGGUCUCAUGCUGUGAAUACUUAGGACAGGAUCACUGCAGUCUGUAAGCCUGAGGGAUAAUGGAGCAUCAUAGCAGUGUACUGGGGCAGACACUCCUGUGAAAUGCAAAGGACUCCCACUGACGUGACUCGGAUGAAGUCAGUGGGUUACUCUGAAGUCACAGCUUAGCCUGAUGCCGUCACCGGUCAGCAAUAGUUUUGUGCCAUAUGAUUCCUUUUUGAUCUUCGACUGUUGUAGAAAUUGCACGUGCACAUUUUGACUAGUGAAUUAACUAACUGGCUGCUUGUACUUUGUAUGUCCAUUUAACAGCCCCUGCACCAGCUGCAAUUAUCCUCUUUAUAAGGUUUUAUUACUGCAAAUGUUCCCAUCUCUGCCUACCCAGUUGCCAUUGUCAGGGUGAUUUUUUUUUUUGACUGUUUUUUGUUCAGACGUUUGUUUGUUUGGAUGUUUGGGGUUUUUUUUGUUUUUGUUUUCGCAUUCUGUUCAAAUGCUUGUUUUACCUGUCGCCGAAAUAGCUGGUCCUUUUUCGGGUUAGAUGUAUAGUGUUUUGUACAUUUUCUUAGAGACUUUCCAAUGAAAAAGAUAUAUUUUCUAUUUAUUUAUUACAAUGGCACUAAGACAACUAAAUUGCAGACAUACGAAGCAUCCUUACUGGAGUUUAGCAUUGGCUAGGUUGUUAAGGAGGUCGGCAAUAUGGCUUUUCUGAUAAUCUGCUUUGCACUUGAAAGCUCUCUAUGUCCGCAGAAUGUGGUAAUGAAUUGACUGUCUGUUUUGUGGUGACAAGAGCUGUCGGGACAUUCGUUCCAAAAGAUUGUGGCUUACAACUGAAAUAACAUGUAGUUGUUUGGAGUACACAAUGUUUAUCAAAAUAAAUAUUCAAUGCAAGUUUCUCAUUUUA